UUAAACGUAUGUGGCAACCCGAUUCACAAAAUCUCAUGGAGAAAGCCCGACUCCCAAAUGCGUCCCUCGAAGCUCUGGUCAGGACUCCGGUGUGGCCUUUUCAAAUUCCAGCUCUAUCACCCUCGCUGCGCUAGGGUUUAGAAAUGGAGCCCAUAACUUCAGUUGUUGACAAAUUGAAAGGAUUCGCCAAGUCCAGCCACGAAUUCGUUAACGGCCUCGUUCCCCGCCGCGACCGCAAUCCGAUAGAAAUCUUGAAGCGGUUGCAGCGGGAAGCAUUUUCAGAUUUGAUGAAGCUUAGAGACCGACAAGAUAAGGUUGAGCGAAUACUAUCCUACAAAUCUUCCACUGGAAGCCCAUUCAAAGAAGCCAAUACCCAUGUAAUGGGAGAGGUUGAUGCCUUAGGGGCUUUAUUGAUGAAGGAUAAUGUUGAUCAGCAGGAUUAUGAUGCCUUUAAUAGAGCUGGAAUGAGAACUGGAAUUGAUUCAAGGUUCACUUUCAAAACGAUGAUUCGACAGAGUGACACUCUUGUAGCUGAGUUUGCGGCCAGCCAGAAAGGCCGGGGGUAUCUUGGUGAUGACUUUGGAAGUCCACUUUCACUAGCAAAAGUGCUUUAUGUGGCUAAUGUUAGUGACUGGUUUUCUGCAGUUGCAGUGCCAGUCGGAGCUCAAUGCAGGGAUGUUGGAUUUGCUACAGAUUCUGCUCACCAGGGAAAGGGUCUUACUGAUUUUUCAUCUUUUGGGCCACCAAUUUUGAAUCAACAUAAUGGUAGUGCCAUUGGCUUAAUGGUGAGAAAAUCGAAGCUUGUUGCUUCUUUAGCUCAGUUUGCUUCUGGACUGGGAAUAGAGCCUUGCACUGAUGGAAUAAGGGACUGCUUCAGUACUUUUGGGCAAGUUGUCUGUCAACUUUCAGAAGGAACAAAACUCUCUCUUAUGGGUCUUCACCAAGUGCCUAGACCAUUAAGUCAACAGUUCAGGCUUGGAGCCCUUACAAUGCCAGUAAGCAUUUUGAAACUUCGUAAAGCUCCUAAGACAUCCGUGGAAGCAUCCGAUCGCCUCUUGGGCACAGACAUGGAGGAAAGGGUCUCUGCUGGAUCAUUUGCUGUCAUGCUUGAGUCAAAGCUUGACGACAGCACUAGAAUUGGAGGUUGGAUUGAGAUGAAAAAUUCAGGUCCCCAACAUCUACAGUGGGCUCUUUCUGUGUCUGAUUCCCCAGAAAAUGAAUUUGGAUGGAGUUUGAGCUUAGGUGGGAUAAUCAAACGUCCCACAAGCUGGGACCAUUUCCAGGCUGAAGCCUCUCUAAAAUUCAAUUUAGGAAAGAGAUUCAGCUUGCAGCCAGGUCUUGUAUAUGUAAUGGAUGGAAAUGCCCAAAUACCUGUUGUUAUGCUCCGGUCUAGUUGGUCCUUGUGAUCACUAUUUUCAUUCCAAGUUUUUUUUCCCCGCCUCUUUUGGUCUACUUUCUAUGCCAACUUCCAGUUGCUGUUAUUGGGGAAGCCAUUUUUCUCACAAAAGGUAAUGCUCUGUGGCCUUUUUUAGUUAUCACAUUGUAGUAUUACAUGGUCUUAUCAUUCUCAUAAAAGUUUCUUUUUCGAAAA